AUUUCCUGUGCAGUAACAUUGAAACGUGAUCAGAUAUGUAAAAAUUGCUUGUAGUUUUAUUGCUUUUGUUAGAAGCAAUGUUGGAUAUAAUUUUUUGAAAUGCAUUUUUUGUCGUACUUCAUAUUGAUGUUGUCAAUUUUCUUUCAAUUCAUACAAAGUAACGUGAUCGGUAAAAACAACGUCGACUUAAUAGCAAACAAUAUUGAUACGCUUAUAAAACCUUUAAGAAAAAUAUACGGUCUAUUCCCAAAUCGGGAGUUUGAAAUGCAAUUUGAUUUCGAACAAGUGAACUACGAUGGAUCCAGAGGGACCAAUAACAAACAUAAGACACAUUCGAUAAUGAGGACUAAAAAUGUUUCUGAAGCUGCCAUGACUCCUGAAUCAAACGCCUUAACAACUGAAGAUCCAGGAAAAAAAAUUGUCCGUAUGGAUGACCUAAAGAAGGCUUUGGAAGAAUAUGAGAAAAAGCAUUCUCAAAUUGAUUGCAAUACAAAGGCGCCGACAGUCGAGUCUUUCUCGAUGUCAAGCAUUAAAGAUAAUCCUUCGCUAUCGGACGUGCUGCGAUUAAUUAAAAAGGGUGCGGUAUUACAGAACUUUACACCGAAGCCUGACGAAGGAGGUUUCAGUUGGGUCAAAAUAAAAGUUCCAACUGUAUAAAUAUGACCUAUGCUGGUAUAUAAUUUAAAAAAAAACUACUUUAUAUACCUAGUUCUAUCAUGUUAUAAUAUAUUUACAUAUGCCUGAAUAUUUAUUUAUUUAAAAAGUGA